AUGCUGCAUUCAUUUAUCGUUAUCCCACCAGAUGUCUAUACGACGGAUUUAGUAGAUCUUACAAUCGAAACUCUGAGGCAGGCGGAUGUGUGUGUUGAUCAAGUCCUCUCUUUAACAGGAGAGGACGCAAAACACUAUGGAGCCCACGUCCAACGCCACUAUACGAUUGUAGAACAUUAUGCCAUGUCCUCUUCAAGCAAUGUCUUGAAAGAGGCUAUCUGUAGUAUUGCUGAGGUGCACUCCAUGUUUUUUUGUCAUUUCCACGAGCUGUGGGCGCAAGUCGUGGAUGAAGGCCGUCUGCUGACCGCACGGGAUGCGCUGAUCAGUUUGGGUUGUUCCGAAGAUGAGCUUCGCGACUGUCUUCCACUUCAAAGUGAUUUGGCUACAAAGAAGCUUUUCCGUGGCUGUCAUGUUGCCAUAUUGAGAGAGAGCCCUCUACAAGGGACACAUUCAAAGCCUAUCUACGUAAUCAAUGGUUUCUUCCCUUCCUUUUUAAACUCAUUCAAUAGCCCUGAUUGCAUGUGCGGUAUUCUGGCGGUUUCAUGGCCGCAGUCUCUAUACAGCUAUGCCGAAUUUCGAACGAAAGUUAUUGGUAGUAAUGGGAUACCAGUUCCAGUGUUGGAGUGCUUAAAAUGGUCUACGUUACCGUAUCAAAACAACCUGAAGUCUGGAGGUCUAUGCUGGGAUAAUGUUGUUAGGGUCGCUAGUGGCCCUCUCGAAGUGUUGGCAUGGCGUCGUGCAUGGCUUGAUGAAGAUCUCGUUGGAAGUGAUUUAGGCUGUGAUUUGCUACAACGCGGUCUCUCGAGAACGUUCCUGGAGAAGUUGUUGGAUAACCCAGUUCUUCUUCUGCCUAGUGGACACUUGACCUCAAUCUUUGAAUUGUUUGCCAAUCCUGGGAGCAUUGAAAUUUUUGUGGAGCGGAUUCAGGAGCUCCACACAAGACUUCGCGAUGAGGAGGAAGAGGAGGGCCAGGGUAAUACCGCGGAUCGUGCGGUCUUUUAUAACACGGUCGGGAUUAAAGAGGCAAACUCAAUACGCACCUCAUCUGGCGAGGCUCAUGACAGUUUACAACUCUUUGAUCAGCAUGGCAAUGGCCCUAUUUUCAUCACACGAGAGCUUACCCAGGCGGUCGAUACGGCUCCGCGAAACACAGCUUUGCUGUUGGUGAAGCCCUCAGCCUUCACACCCCGUGCACUGUCUGCUAUUUGGGAAUGCCUUUUAGAACAUAGAAUCACAGGACUUCGAAUUGAGGAGGAGGAUAAUAUCGAUGCCUCACAAAUACAAGCAGCUAACCUUGUGGAUAGACACUACCGCACAAUAGCUUAUUAUACUAACGAUUGUACUCCACACGACAUUCCACUUGACCCUGAGGCCCUGGAGAUGUUCGAGCGAAAUUACGAUAUCUCCUGGGAAAACGCAGUAGCGGAUGGUUUGGUGUGGUUUGCCACUAAUUUGCUUAGAUUUUUCACUUGGAUUACGCCUUGUGAACUUUUUGAGUUAUGGAAUGCGCAGCCCUGCAAGAUUAAGUUGACCAGCGGUGCCCAUGUCUCUCAGCUUUUCAUCGGGCCCCCAAAUGAAGGAACCUGUUACUUUGUUGUAAAUGGCUUUUAUCCUUAUCUCCGCGAGCUCUUUCUUUCCCCUGGAUCCAUGACUAAGUGCUAUAUUAUCUCCUGGCCAGAGUCCGUUCUGAGCUGGAGUAGUUUUCGAAAAGAUGUUAUUGGCUGCACAGACCCCUCGAAAGCCUCGCCCAAUAGUCUUCGUGGAAUGAUAUAUCAGGAUUGGAAGGACCUUGGCCUUGCGCGGCGGCCCAGCUCGACCGAAAAUGGCGUGCACGCUUCGGCCAGCCCACUGGAGGCCAUGAUUGAACAACAUCUGUGGCUUGGGACCCCCUUGGGGCAAUGCGGGUGCUCUGCGUUUAUGCUAAAAAGAUUAGGUUUGUCGCCCGCAGCGUGGCUGUCAUGGGCACUUAACCCACGUGUACAUAUCGAUGGAAGUCCACGGCGUGUUCAUAUUUUUGAUCUGUUAGAAAAUAAAAAUACCCAUGAGUUUCUCCUUGCCGCCCUACAAGAAGAACGACAGCAACUUAAACACUACGAUGCGGAGAAGGUGAACCGCGCUGUGUUGGUCUUGCACCCAUCGUCCGCAUCAGGGUCGUUAGGAGAGCUUGUUAGGGAAAUCUUGUCGCGGUAUCAUAUCACGGUUGAGGAGGAGGGUGAUGUGUAUGGCAAAGGUGCAGCGCAGCGGGUAUUAGGCAUGCCAACACUUCAGAGGAUGGCGCAUCUCGCUUCCCUUCAAGGUGUCGAGCUUCUUCAUCGUCUAACGGUGUCCGCGAAGAGGCGGUUCUACGAGGUGUUCCAUAAAGAUAUUGAUGUUUGCAAGGACGAGCUUCUUGGUGCGGAAAAUGCGUGCACAAAGCUAGGCUUCUCCCCCCUUGAUCUUCUUCAUGCCUGCACUCAUGCGGGUCUUCAGCGACUUUCGUCGCACUGUCAAGUUUCAUUCUUGCCGACGCAUCAGUGCUUUGUUAUCAACGGUGUUUACCCUUACUUGCAUGAAAAGUACACUGCAUCGUCUGGAUGUCGUGCUCACUACUUUAGGGUAGUGUGGGAGGAGUGCAACUGUUCGUGGGAGUCGUUCUACGACUUUGUGAUGGGUUACUCAAGGAAGUGCAGUCCUAAUGCUGCGAUGGGAGAGACAGGGGUGGGUUUCGUGAAAAGUCCGACGGAGAACCCAAACCUCUGUGAGAUUCUUUGUCAGGCUUUACCCGAAGAUGAAAAGAAUGACUUGGCAAUGCUGGGCCCAGAGGCAUUAUGGUAUUUGUCUACAGGGCCACUACAGGCACUUUCGGACGCUUUGCAAUGGUCAUCGCUUGACAGCACAUCAGAUGAACAUAGUGAGGACAAAGAGCUACGUCUCCUUCAGGAUCCUAUGGCGCAGUGGCUUUUGAUGAAGGGCGUUUCGCCCUACAUUGUUUCACAUUUGGGCUUUUUACAGGCCAGUUCUACGGUGAUUGAGCAAGAGAUGCUCGAGCAUAUAAGCACAGGCCAUGACACUAGUGUGUGCGUUCAAUUGACGCGCUCUGUAGCUCGGGAUUUGUCUCACAUAGCAACUCACCAUUUCGCCUUUUUGUGGCUGCCACCCUCUAUCGCAAAUAGCAACUUCGUGGAUGACAUCCCGAGCUUGCUCGCAGCCCACGGCGUGCGUGUGUUGGAUCACAGGAAAAUAUAUUUAUGUGAUGCCACACAAAAGCAGCUUUUGGAACGUCCCUACUCAGCCUUUUACCAAAACGCUUGCCAGCGUUCGGCGAUCGAUAUGAUCAUCACUACGGCUGAGGCGGAUCACUUUAAGAGGGUCUUUGGCAUCGAGUGGAGUACAGCCGUCGAGUUGUCUCUUGUUCUUAACGCAAAGAAGGCAGCGGCACUCUACGGUGAGGAUCACAUCUUGCAGUGCUGGGAUAGAUCAAAUCUCAAAGUAUGCUUAUCUCCAAAGCUUUAUGUUUGUUACAUGGAAAAAGAAGGCCUAUAUGUUGUGAACGCUCAUUACUUGUUUGAACGUUCAAGGGUUCUUUGUUCUGGGAGCCACGCAGCGUGGUACAGUAUCUGCUGGGGGGUGGAUCGCAUGAAUUGGGAUGACUUUCUGAGCACUGUGAUCGGAUUCGAUAGAAAUGUGCGGAGUUCUUCAAAUUCUCUAAAGGCCUAUUUGACAUUGAACUGGGAGGGCUACGGACUGUCGAAGCCACCGGAUGACACUAAUCCAGAACUGUAUGUCUCUUCCACCCCAAUAGAGGCGAUGACGGAGCGAUGCUUGUGGUUAAAUAUAUCACCUGAGGAGGAUGCACUGGGUCGUUGGCUUGUAUGGCAUGGAGUACAGCCUUCCUUUCUAAAGAUGAUUAUUACUAACCCUGUUGUCCGCUUGAAUAACGCCUCAGGUACCAGCAAUGUACAUUUAUUUGAUGCAUUGCCUUACAGUGUAGACUAUAGGGAACCCGCAGACCUUCUGCAUGCUCUCCUCACAUACCAGAACCGUCUCACGUUCCAGGUGGUUUCUAUGAGAAGCCAAGGAUCUGUAGAAAGCCAUGGAGUGUUGCCCUCACAAGCUUUCUCAGUGCCUUCUACAUGCCAAAGUCGCAUUGCACACGCUGUUUUGACAUUUAACCCAAUCCUUUUACCCAAUUCAAAGGAUUAUUCUAUUGUGUGUUCUCUUCUGAAACAACAACUACACGAGUACGGCAUCCAGGUUCUUGGGGCUGGAUCACUCUCGCCUGAACAAGCCGAUCGGCGUCAGGUCUUUUCCAUUUUGCACAAACGUCUUUUUCGCUACGCUAUGAGGGUUGACGCCUUUGAGCUUUGUGCUUCAUUCUUUGACGAAGAAAAGAAGUUUAUGAAUGAAAUUCUCUCUACCACAAAUCUUAACGAUAACGGCAUAGUCGACGGAAAUAGUAAGGCCAACGGCUUAAUGAGCGUUUUUAACCGGGAUCAUGUACUUAAUGCUAUGCAGUUCUCAGAUGCGCAUGGAAUAACUUCCAAAAAUUUACAUACACUGUGGGACUGCUGCUCUCCGGUUGUUCAUGUUGCUCCCGAUCUUUACAUUGGUAAGGUACCCUCAGAAUGCCGUUACAUUGUGAACGGAUUCGUCCCUUAUUGCAUGGACGUUUCGGUUCUCUUUCCGUGGACUUAUUUUCUUGUGUCAUUUGACGAGUCCAGAGUUUCAUAUAGAACGCUUCUUUCGAAGAUCAUCGGCAAUCCAUACGUGAAAGAAGCGGAAACGGGAAGUCUACAUGCUAUGCUUCGCGAGAGCUGGUGCAGUUUGGGAUUGACGAGGCCCCCACACCCAUUCAUGGGUGCUGUACAUGCGUCUUCUAGUGCACUUGCAGCUUUGAAGCACCGCCUUCUUCUCAUGGUGAAUCCACCCUCUCUGAAAGUGGAUCCCCUAGGGUAUGAGUGCAUCACCCAACAUCGUUUAUCACCUUACUUUCUGCGCUUAGCAUCCACCGACGCUGUCUUUCCGACACAGGGGUCGCGUUUCGGUGGUCUUGUUGGGAAGAGCACCGAAGACGCACUGGGGCUGCUCCGUGAGGUGGCGCGGGAUGACGACCAGACCCCUGUCCGUAACACCGCGUUGCUCGUGAUUAAGCCUCAUUCCCUUGGCAGGUGUGUGGCGCAGAUUGUGGAGGAAACUUUGAAGGCCUGGCAGGUGCACAUCGAUGAAGAGGGUGAUGUAACAGGGGCGACAGCGAGGGAAAUAGGCCUGCUGCGAUGCCUAGUGCCAGGUGUAGUGGCCUACGCCGUGUGCAACCCCUUUGACCUCGUCUUUGCGCAGGAUGAGCAGACCGCGAUACAACAAGUGUUUCGUGUUUCAUGGGACGAGAUGAUAAUGCACGGUAUCGUACUCAACGCCUACACAGCGCUGAAAAGGCUGGGAGGCUUGACCGCACCGCAGCUGCUGAACUCCUGGAUGGAUCCACAGCGCAGCCGAGUUGUUUUGCGGGAUGGGGCUCUGGAGAUUACGGAACUGGCUGAACAUGGUCUAUACGUUUUGAAUGCAUUCAUCCCAUCCUUAAAGCAGAGUAUAGAGUCGGAACAUGUUUUAACGCACUGGUACGUUGUUUCAUGGUUCGAAGAAGACCUUUCGUGGGAUCAAUUUUCUCUUAAAAUCAUAGGAGGUGAAGAGAGCCGUGCUGAUACGGCACCGGAGAGUAUUCGUGGCAAGGUAUUUUCUCAAUGGCGUGCGCUCGGACUUAAAAGCGCACCUGAUCGUAUUCUUAACGUUGUACACGCCAGCACAGACCCAUGGCAUGGGCUAUUAGAGCGGCUUUGUGUUGUACAACCUUAUCUCGAAGAGGACCCACUUGGUGAUGCUAUCUUAAAAAGCACCGUGCAUCCUGCACUUGUGGAGCUUUGGCUAGCUGAUCCAGAGCUGCUUGUGACCGCAAUUGCUAACUACAUCAGUAGAAGCACAGAGGAGGGGAGGACUUUGCCCUUGGAACUGGAGAUGCGCGACACGUCGAGGCUUAUUUACUAUAUGGAAGAAAUUUCUGCCAAAGUCUGCGCGCAUAUUAUCCACCAGAGAGAAGCAGAAAGUUUUGAAUCUGAUGAAGUGAACACUUUGGAGCUAUAUCAAAUUUGUAGUCAUGAUGUGGACAAGCCACAAAAUUUCAGAGAGGAUGAAGGAGCUUUAGUAGCGAAUAAUGUUAUUUCUGUCUUUCAUUGCAUGAUAAAAGACCAUGACGAUGCUAAUGCUGACGGAAAUUCCGAGGUGAAGAUAGCUAAAGGCUUUAUUCCCGCUGUGUAUACAGCUUGUGAAACUGAAGAAAGAAAGAGGUAUAUAAAAAUGCGGAAACAUCUUCAAAUGGCUCUAAAUUACGCGCAUAGUAUCAGAAAUUUAUGA